AUGUCAUUGCAUAGUCCUCCAAAAUCUCCGAAAUCUUUUCAAAAACAUAAUUCUAAUCUUUCAACAUUUUAUGAACAAAGUUUAAAUUCAAUUAGAAUUAGAAUAGAUAACAUACCACCAGGUAAAACAUGGAAACAAAUUAAAUAUUUAAUUGGAGGUAUUAUAAAUCAUAAUAAAAUUAUUCAAGUUAAACUUUUACCACCAAUAGCUUCAUUAAUACCACCUUUUGUAACUUUACAAAGUUGUAUAGUAUUAUUAAAAAAUGAUUUAAGUCAAGAUGAUUUAAAUAAUUUAUUAAUGACUAUAAAUUCUUAUCAAUGGGAUUUUCAUGAUUUAUUUACCUAUAUUAUUCCAAAUCAACCAUUUCCUUCAUCAGGUCCUUUACCUUCGAAUUAUCCAAUGCCUUAUCAUCCUAUGAUGUCUAUGGGUACUCCAAUGAUAAGUUCUCCACAACACCAAUAUUCACAACUACCUUUCCCACCAUCACAAAAUUUAAAGACACCACAGCCAUUUUUACCAAUAUCACCAACUUUAAGACCAGAUCAAUCACAAUCACAACAAUCCCAAAAACAACCUUUAUUACCUGCAUUUCCUUUAGUACCUGGAGUACAACCGAUUAUUAAUAAGGGUACUAAUCACAGCAAUAAUAAUGAUAAUAUUAAUAAUGGUAAUAAGAGGAAUAAUGGGAUUUUCGUUCCUGGUUCAAAUAUAUCUGAAGAAAAUGGAAAUCCAAUGUAUCCUAUGGGAUAUCCAACUUCAUUUCCUCCAAGAAGACAAUUAUAUCAUCAACCAGUAAUUGGAAAUAAAUAUAUUCCUUCACAUGGUCAUAUUAUACCAAAUCAGCUAAGAGAAAGUGAACAAGAUUUAUAUAAUAGUAUGAAUAUGUUUCAUAUUUCUCCACGAUCAUCAAUAUCUUCAGAUCAUGAUAAUAUUGCUUAUUUAACGGGUAAAAAAGGUUUAAAUCCUUUUAAGCAACCAAAAAGUUUAAAGAGUAUCUUUAAUGAAAGAAAUUUUAGAAAACAAAUGACAGAGAGAAAGAUGUAUCAAUUAAAAUUAAAAAAUUUUCCACCUUAUUUAGUCUCUGAUACUAUAAGACCAAUAAGGGAUAAAGAUACAAAUAUUGAUAUAGAGACUAAUUAUUUAGAAAAAUAUGGGAAAUUACGUUGGACAGUACUCAAAGAUUUUGUUAAAUUGAAAUGUCCAACUUUAUUAUCGUUACAGGACUCAGAGGAUUCCGAUUUCUCAUUAGAUAAUACUAGGGAAUUUUAUGUUGGAGUAUAUGAAGAUAUGGACAAAUUAUUAAACGUUAAAAUAGAUGACGGAGUGUAUCAAGUAGAUGCAGUUUAUUUUAAUGCAAUUAUUGGGUUUAAAGAUGAAGCCUUAUGCACAUUAUGUUAUGAUGCUUUGAAAGACCAAGAAUAUGCUUUAGACUAUAAACUUGACGUAACAAUUAUUCAGCCUCUUGAAACUCAAGAAAGGGAUGCAGAAGAGAUUUCAACUUUGAAAGGGAUUGAUGAGGAAGUGUCAGAGGGAAGUACAGAUAUUGAAAAAGACUAG